CUCAACUCAUCUAAACACCAAAGCUAUACACUUCACCACUAUUUUCUUGCAAUUCAAACCAAAUAAGAAAAAACAUGGCUGAUCAAAAGAGCAAGGUUUUGAUCAUUGGAGGCACUGGCUACAUUGGCAAGUUCGUGGUGGAAGCGAGCGCCAAGGCAGGGUACCCCACGUUUGCUCUGGUGAGGGAGAGCACAUUGAAUGACCCUGUUAAGGGACAACUCGUUCACAAAUUCAAAGACCUGGGCGUCACUUUGCUUCACGGUGAUCUUUAUGAGCAUGAGAGUUUGGUAAAGGCUAUCAAGCAAGUUGACGUGGUGAUAUCAACGGUGGGUCACAUGCAGUUGGGUGAUCAGGUUAAAAUCAUUGCUGCCAUUAAAGAAGCUGGCAAUGUUAAGAGAUUCUUCCCAUCGGAGUUUGGGACCGAUGUCGAUCGUAACCAUGCCGUAGAGCCGGCCAAAUCAGCAUUCGCAGUCAAGUCCCAAAUCCGGCGAGCGGUCGAGGCUGAAGGCAUCCCUUACACAUACGUCGCUUGCAACUGCUUCGCUGGCUAUUUUCUUCCCACAUUGGUUCAGCCAGGAGCCACUGCCCCUCCUAGAGACAAAGUCAUUAUAUUAGGCGAUGGAAAUCCCAAGGCUGUUUUCAACAAGGAGGAUGACAUUGGCACCUACACCAUGAGGGCUGUGGAUGACCCAAGAACCUUGAACAAGGUACUCUACAUUAGGCCCCCAAAGAACAGUUACUCAUUUAAUGAGCUCGUUGCCCUUUGGGAGAAGAAGAUCGGUAAAACUCUGGAGAAAGUCUACGUUUCAGAGGAGCAGCUUCUCAAAGACAUCCAAGAGGCUCCAAUCCCAAUCAACGUUGUGCUAUCAAUCAACCACUCGGCGUUUGUGAAGGGAGACCAUACCAACUUCGAAAUUGAACCAUCGUUUGGAGUGGAGGCUUCUGAACUCUACCCAGAUGUCAAAUACACCACUGUCGAAGAAUACCUCGAUCUGUUUGUUUGAGAUGAUUAUGAUAAUAAAUCGAAAUAAGUUUAGUCAAAUAUAUAUUUCGAUAUAUAUAUGUACUUGCUAUUCCAGCGGAUGAAAUGAGUGCUUGUGUUUACAAGUUCAUUGUUUCCCUUUAACGUUACUUUGAGCUUGUAUUGUGUAGUUUUUUCAUUAAGUAAUAAGAGAAAACCUGUGUUA